GAGUGUUUUUUUGUUUGUUUGCUUGACAUGUAGCUGAGGGAUGCGGUUGAUCCUCUGAAGAUGACCCUGGGCGAACGUCUCUCGAGGGUCCAAAUGGCUCGAAUGGGCUUCAUCUUCCUGCUGAUCGGUAACACCGUCGCCGUCUCCACACAGUUUAAUGGAUACAACUGUGACGCCAACUACCACAGCAGGUUUCCUGCCGAGCGGGACAUCAGCGUUUACUGCGGGGUCCAAACCAUCACCUUGAAGAUCAAUUUCUGUCCGGUGCUCUACUCCGGCUAUACCGCCUCCGAUUUGGCCCUAAACAGCCAACACAGCGACGCCCAGUGCCGAGGCUUCAUCAACAACAACACCUUCCCCACAGCGGUCCUGUUCAGCAUCAGCCUCAGCACCCUGGAGGCCUGUGGUACCAACCUGGUGGUCAGCACCACCCAUGGGGUCAACGCUUACGGGAACAUGUCCCUGGUACAGAUUGGCAACAUCUCGGGCUACAUCGACACCCCCGACCCGCCGACAGUAAUCAGCUACCUGCCCGGUUUGUUGUAUAAAUUCAGCUGCAGCUACCCGCUGGAGUACCUGGUCAAUAACUCACAGCUGGCUUCCUCCUCUGCUGCUGUAUCUGUCAAGGACAACAACGGCACAUUUGUCAGCACUCUGAGUAUGAUUCUGUACAACGAUUCAACAUUUGGUCAUCCUCUGUCUAUCCCCACAACUGGACUUGCUCUAAAAACUAGAGUAUUUGCUGCUGUGAAAGCAACACACUUAGACAAACGAUGGAAUAUCUUGAUGGACUACUGUUACACAACCCCCUCAGGGAAUCCUAAUGAUGAACUCCGCUACGACCUGUUCUUUGGUUGCUAUAAAGACCCACAGACGACUGUGUUCGAAAAUGGGAAGAGUCAGUUGGGUCGUUUUUCCUUUGAGGUCUUCCGAUUUGUGAAACACAGGCACCAGAAGAUGUCGACCGUGUUUUUGCACUGUGUCACUAAGCUUUGCAGAGCAGACGACUGCAUUAUGCUCAUUCCAAUCUGUGGGCGACGGCGCAGGAGGGAUGGCGCACAAAGCUUCGAUUCCCCGCCAGCGGCAUCCGGGAAUGCCGUUAUCUCUGCCGGACCGAUCAUCACCAGGAGUGAUGAAACAUCCGUCAGCAACUCCCAGCUAGCACGUGGUGAACCUUCUUUGAUGAACCCGUUGACCGGCGCUCUGAUUUCAAGCGUAGUCGUUCUGGGCGGAGUCAGCGUGGGCUUCUUCCUGUUGUCGCUCCGCCUCCUAAAAAAGUCCCGCCUCCUGCAAAAGUCCCGCCUCCCACCAAUUGCAGUUUUGAACUCCAGCUUUAAAUGA